AUGUGGACCGGCAGUCAUGGGAAACAAGAGAAGGCGAAGCUAGCCAAGGUAGAGACAACUAGAGGCAAAACAACCGAAUCCAUACCGUGGAAUCUACAAGCUCGGCAGAAGGUAAGCCACCGGCAGAGGCAAGCUCAACCAACUCCAAUCAUCACCAAGCAGAGGCCCGGGAUCAAACACAAAGGAGCAUCCGAAGAAGCCGCCCGGCACAAGACAAAAAAGAGGCUUGGACACAAUAGAGGAGCUGGACCGGUGAAGCCUAAUCCGAUCUCGGCAGAAGUGAGGGGCCAGCAGAAGCGGGAGGAACAACGCCUAGCGGAGCAGGAGCAUCGAGUCAGGCGGGGAGAUAGGCUAGGCAGAAGAAUGGGGCAAGGCCUAAUUCAUGAUAAAACAAGAAGACCAACAACGAGCGAGAGGCCAAGGAGCGUAAGCCACCCAAAACAAUCCGUAAGCCAACCAAACCAAAAGCCAGAGCCCACACAAAACAACCCAUAUCCAACCAAACCGAAGCCAACCAAACCAAAAGCCGGAGGCCACACAAACAAUCAAGCGGACCUACAAUCAAACCCGAAAAAGGUGGUAAGCCACCGACAGAGGCAAGCUCAACCAACUCUAAUCAUUAGCGAGCAGAGGCCGAUGGCGCAGUCGUAA